CGGAAACUGUGUAUCUUUUUCUCCGUAUCGACACUGGUGAGUUUUGUCGCGUAACCAACACAGCGACCGGCGCUUUAGUGGAGUUUGACGUGGCACUCUGCUUGCACUGAGGGCAAUAGACAGCGAAGUGGUCCAAUAUUCAGGUUGUCAAAACUCAUUCAUCCUGGCAUGAGAAGACAGUAACAGUCAUCCCAUCAACAUGAGUCAACAGGGUUAUGUUGCUGCACCCCCGUACUCCCAGGCCCAGCCAGGGCUGGGGGGCUACCAAGGUGGAUUUGGAACUGGUCCUCCACAGCCCCUCUACGGGCACUAUGGGGGACCGCCUCAGGCAUUUAACGCUCCACCAACAGGUAUGAUGAAAUCACCAGUUUCCUCUGCUACCGGCAUGCCUCCACCUCCUGUGGCCAGUCAGUACAAUCCAAAUGUCCAGCAGAAUGGCGCACAUCCACAGAGAUACCCUGCUCCACCAGCUGCUUCUGCUGCUUAUGGACAACCUCCACAGUCUCCAUACAACAGCAUGGCCUCUGCGGCCCCGCCUCCAAUGCAGCAACUCACCAAUCAGAUGAGUGCUAUGAACUUUGGCAACUAUGCCCCAGGUCCCAUGCAGAGCGCUCCUCCUCCACCAAGCUCUGUAGCUCAGCAGCCUUUCCAAACAUCCCCUCCUCCAACAAUGGGCCAGCCACAGAUGCCUCCAGGCCUGCAGUCCCCUCACAUGUCCCCCCAGAUGUCUCCACCACAGUCACCCCCAGCAAGCAUGUCAAUGGCAGGCCCACCAAUGGCAGGCAUGGGUAGACCCUUCACUGGACCACCUCCUCCAGGACCUGGAGGUUUCCAGCAGCCUGGUCCCGGAGCUGUUGGUCCACCAGGAUACCCACAGCAAGCAGGUCAGUUUGGGGGACAAAUGGCUGGGCCCCAGCCAGGCAUGCUAGGAGCCUUCCCUGGAGCACCAGGUGGUCUGGCGGGACCACCUCAGAAGAAACUGGACCCUGACUCUGUCCCUAGCACAACCCAAGUCAUUGAGGAUGACCAAGCAAAACAAGGGGGGCAGGUCUUCAACACAAACAUCAGAGGACAGGUUCCACCUCUGGUCACCACUGACUUCACAGUACAGGACCAAGGCAAUGCCAGUCCCAGGUUCAUACGCUGCACCACCUACUCCCUACCCUGCACCGCCGAUCUGGCCAAACAGUGCCAAGUGCCCCUGGCUUCCAUCAUUAAACCCUUUGCCAGUUUGCCAAAGAAUGAGACUCCUCUAUAUGUUGUGAACCAUGGUGAAACAGGCCCAAUCCGCUGCAAUCGAUGCAAGGCCUACAUGUGUCCCUACAUGCAGUUUAUCGAUGGAGGUCGUCGCUACCAGUGUGGUUUCUGCAACUGUGUCAAUGAAGUGCCAGUCUUCUAUUUCCAACAUCUUGACCAUGUGGGCCGGAGGGUGGACUUCUAUGAGAGGCCUGAGCUGUCCCUGGGGUCCUACGAGUUUGUAGCCACCCUGGAAUACUGCAAGAACAACAAGCCUGCGAAUCCUCCUGCCUACAUCUUUAUGAUUGACGUGUCCUACAACAACAUUAAAAGUGGACUGGUCAAACUGAUAUGUGAUGAGCUGAGGACUCUACUGGAGAAUCUGCCCAGAGAGGACGGUAUGGAGAGCUCGGCAAUUAAGGUCGGCUUUGUCACCUACAACAAGGUUCUCCACUUCUACAACGUGAAGAGCGCCUUGGCCCAGCCCCAGAUGAUGGUGGUUUCAGACACAGCAGAGAUGUUUGUCCCGCUGCUCGAUGGCUUCCUCGUCAACUAUCAGGACUCGAGGGCCGUUAUCUCCAACCUCCUGGAUCAGAUCCCUGAUAUGUUUGCAGACACCAACGAGAGUGAAACGGUCUUUGCCCCCGUCAUCCAGGCCGGCGUGGAGGCAUUCAAGGCAGCAGAAUGUAGCGGAAAGCUCUUCAUCUUCCAGUCCUCCAUGCCCACUGCCGAAGCUCCUGGCAAACUGAAGAACAGGGAUGACAAGAAGCUGGUCAACACCGAGAAAGAGAAAACCCUGUUCCAGCCUCAGAAAGGAGUGUAUGAGCAGCUGUCUAAGGACUGUGUGGCACAGGGCUGCUGUGUGGAUCUCUUCCUCUUCCCCAGCCAGUACGUGGACUUGGCAACCAUGGCUGAUGUGCCCUCGCACACCGGAGGCUCCGUCUACAAGUACAACAACUUCCAGGUGGAGACAGACGGGGAGCAUUUCCUGAGAGACCUGAGGAAAGACGUGGAGAAGAGCAUCGGAUUUGAUGCCAUCAUGCGUGUUCGUACCAGUACAGGCUUCAGAGCCACAGACUUCUUUGGUGCCAUCCAUAUGAACAACACCACAGAUGUAGAGAUGGCAGCUGUGGAUUGCGACAAGGCUGUGACUGUAGAAUUCAAGCAUGACGACAUGCUCAGCGAGGAGACCGGGGCACUCAUGCAGUGUGCCUUGCUCUACACCACCAUCAACGGGCAGCGACGUCUCCGCAUCCACAACCUCAAUCUGAACUGCAGCUCGCAGUUGUCAGAGCUGUACAAGAGCUGCGAGACUGAUUCACUCAUCAACUUCUUUGCCAAAUCAGCUUACCGUGCCAUGUUGAACCAGCCUCUAAAGAAUGUGAGGGAGAUCCUGGUCAACCAGACAGCCCACAUGCUGGCCUGCUACAGGAAGAACUGUGCCAGCCCCUCCGCUGCCAGUCAGCUGAUCCUGCCUGACGCCAUGAAGGUGUUUCCAGUCUACAUGAACAGUCUGAUGAAAACUGCUCCCUUGGUUGGCAGCACAGAGCUCUCAACAGACGACAGAGCCCAUCAAAGGCUGUCGGUCAUGGCCAUGGGGGUGGAGGACUCACAGCUGCUGCUCUACCCACGCCUCACCCCACUGCACAACAUGGACGUUAACAGUGAGGCUCUGCCCGCUCCAGUGCGCUGUUCGGAGGAGCGUCUGACAGACUCUGGUGUGUUCCUGCUGGAGAACGGCCACUCCAUGUUUCUGUGGCUGGGCCAAGCGAGCCCACCAGACCUCAUCCAGAACAUCUUUAACCUGCCCUCCCUCGCCCACCUGCAAGGACACAUGUGCGCACUGCCAGAACUGGACAACCCAUUGUCAAAGAAGGUCCGGUCCAUCAUCGAUGGCCUGCUUGAAAAGAGGCCGAACUCAAUGAAGCUCCAAAUUGUGAGACAUAAGGACAAACCAGAGAUGCUGUUCCGUCAGUUCCUGGUGGAGGAUAAAGGCCUGCACGGUGGAGCCUCCUACAUGGACUUCCUUUGCUACGUUCACCGAGAGAUCAGGCAGCUGCUCACUUAACCCCCAACACUUGGCCUCAGUGUCCCCUUACCGACCGGCCCGGGAGAAACACGGCAUCUAACGGACAAAUGCACAAAUCUCACAGGGUCAGUCUCAGUUGGCUGCGUUUGAAUCUUAAGGACGGUCCACAGAAAGAAACAUUUUUAUGUUUUACAAAGACAAAGAGGAAGAAACGAGGAACCAGGGAGAGCCUUCUGAGAUUUAACCUUGAGAGUCCAAAGCUGCCUUUCCAAUAUGUUUUAUUCAUCCUUUAGUUUACACACAGUAUGAUCUUCAAAUAAUCGCUUGUCACUGAAAUGAAAUCACAUCCAGCAUUUCCCGCACAGAUGCUUGUGUGUGAUGGACUGUGGAGACUGGAAUGACAUCAGUGCCUGAGGCUGGAAUGCAUUUAGGCAUAAAGCCCAUUGGCAAAAGCAAUACAAGACAUAUCUCCACUGUGCAUUUCACUUUGUAGAUUUCCAGUAUCAAGACAAGGGGUUAUUUGUGGGCAAUACUGUAGAUGUUCACUUUGAAACUCAAUAAAGUUCGCCAGUCUUUGUUAUACAUGACUUUCUCCCGUGAAAACUAAAUAUGUAAGGAGUCUCAGUAACUCAUUUUAAAAUCUUAGUUUCUUUUUUAAAUAAUAAAUGCUCAAAGAAAUUUUCCAGUAUUUAAACAACUUCUAGAGGUUUCUACAUUUUAUCACACUUUUGCUGUCCUAAUGGUAAAUGUACUAAAAUAAACAUUUAAAGUUUAUCCACAGUAACAGGUACUUUAUAAUUUAGUGUAAACAAUGCAGAAAUAAAAGCCUCUGCUGCCAGGACUGAAAAUGAUUCCUGUCAUUACACCAUGAGUGAUUCAAAGCAUUCCAUUCACACAUGCCCACACCAAAAAAAGAUCUCAUUCUUUUACCAUUUAUAGCAGAUUUUUGAUCUUCAGUGUGCAGUGACGCAGAAAACGUUUUGUUUUGGUGUUCUGAGGAUACAAUGAAAUGAACACAGCUGUUGCUCUACAUAGAGAAUGAGGACCAACCCAUGUGUCCUGAUGAAAAAUGACACUUUUUUUCUGCAUUGUAGUAGUCAGAAUUGGAAUUGGAAUUGAAAAGGGAUGCUGAAGGGAGACUUAUUUAAAAUUUGUAAUGUGAAAGAGGAAUGGACCGCUAAUGGGAAGAAGUCUAGGGACCAAAUAUGAAGCUAUUCCCUAAAACCACCACACAACAAACUUAUAAUUAUACUUUCCAACAACCACCAGCUGACUUUCAGAACAAACAAAAAGCAGUUUACAUCUGUCAGGAUGCCAAAAUCCAUACCAAAAGUGUCAGGGGAAUUGUAAAAUGAUGUUACUAUUGGAUCAUCAGAUUUUGACUUUUAGUGUGAAAGAAGCUCUCGGUUCAACCUAAAUUCAGUAAAAUCGUGUUACACCAAUAACUAUAAUCUGCAAAAUUGUCUUUAAUGAUGGUAUGUAACAUUUCAGUCUUGAGUUUCAGCACAGUAACAGCAUUAUACUGUAUUGCAUUGAUUGUUUUUAUACAAAGGUAAUUGCUUCAGUGUAAUUCAUGUAUGCAUUUGAUAAAUAUUGUAUGAUUCUGUGUGUGUGUGUGUGUGUGUGGCCUACAAAAAGUCUUUUUGUACAUGAAACACACAACUUGUGUUUUCAAAAUAUUACCAUCUGCCUUAAGUUGAUAUAAUAGUUGUUUAAAAAAAAAUGUCCUAGAGGUCUAUGGCUGAUUUCAAUCUGGUUUGUAUGCAAACCUACCUCAGGUAAUUUGAGUACCUUACUAUUUUAAGUUGGAAGAAGUGACUUCAGUUUAACUGGAAAGAUAGACGGUUGGUUUUUUGGAGUAGACUUGUGGAAAUUCAUGGACUUGGUGUUGCCAUGUAUAUUUUAUUCCAAACUCUCAACAAAUUUUGUCUGAAUUAAAUUCUUGACAUAA